GCGAACGUGGUCAUCGGCCGGCAACUAAUUAAACUAUUGAUAUCGGAGAUAGGGAGAAGGGCUCAUGAUUUCGUCGGCGAAGACGAUAGAAAGAUUGCCUCUUUGUCCCCUCUUUGUCUUAAGGCGCCUUCCGCAUAGGUGUGUUCAGGUUAGUAGCUUUCCUCUUUUGUCUCAGAAGAGGAGAUCGUCUGGGGCUAUCCGGAGCUAUAUGUCGCAAAGUGUGGACAACUCUGAGAUAGGCUCUAAGGUUAGGGCAGGAGUAAUCCUUCCAGCAACAGAUGAUCGCAUUGAAGAAGCAAUCGAGGCGAUUAAAACUGAGCAAGUUAUUGCGGUGCCGACUGAUACACUUUAUGGAUUUGCAUGUGAUGCCUGCUCUGCAGAAGCAGUAAAUAAAAUUUAUGAGAUUAAAGGACGGAAGCAGACAAGUCCUCUAGCAAUUUCUGUUGCUGGUGUAUCAGAUAUAUCUCGCUUUGCCACCGUUGAUCACUUGCCUCACGGUUUGCUUGACAGCCUCCUUCCCGGUCCUGUGACUGUUGUUCUGAGGCGAGGUGAUUCUAGCAUAUUGGACAAAUCUCUCAAUCCAGGUUUAGAUAGCAUUGGAGUUCGUGUGCCUGAUUUCAACUUUAUUCGAGCCGUUGCUCGUGGUUCUGGAAGUGCACUGGCUCUAACAAGUGCUAAUCUUAGUGGACAGCCCAGUAGCGUCGGUAUCAAGGAUUUUGAAAACCUUUGGCAAUAUUGUGCAUAUGUUUAUGAUGGUGGAGUGCUUCCUUCUGGCCGUGCUGGUUCAACAGUAGUUGAUUUGAUAAAGCCAGGACUAUUCAAAAUUCUAAGACCUGGAAGUGCAAGACAAGAAACAACAGCAAUUCUUGAGAAAUUUGGUCUAGAAGAGGUUCCUUGAGAACAUGGAGUUCAUGAAACUAUUCUUUUAAACAGCUUACACUUAUACAACUUCUCAUGUUUGAGAUACAUCAGUUACAAAGACCCAGUGCGGACGGGGCUUACCCUGAAUCAUUUACAUAAGAUUGAAUUUACAUUUUACCCUUUUCGGGCAUUCAGUGUUCCACAUCAAGCAACAAUGGUUCCCGUGGACCGUCUUUGUUAUGUAGCUGCUGAUUGCAAGGGAUAAAGCUGCAAGAUCUUUUCAGUUAACCUGCUGUUGCAAUGGAAUUCUAGCUAUGUUAUUGUCAACAUUCUUGGAGCUGCAAGCGCUGUUACUACUGCUUUAAAUACCCUUUUUAUCUGUGAUAUUAGUGAUUGCUUCUC